AUGGGGGUCUGGGGGGUAUUUGGGGAAGAGCGCCUGGGUCCGGCAGCGGCUGAGGGAGCUCCGGAGCGAUGCCCACUCCCAGGCCCCCGGGACCAACCUGGCCGGGGCUCUCCGGGCCGUUUACGCUCAGCUGGUGCAGCAGGAACGGGCGGAGCAGCUCCGGGGGCUGCGACCCCCGCCCGUCACCAACAGCACCCGACACGUCAUCGUCAUCAUGAGCAACGGCCGGGCCAACAUGGGGGGUCUCCGGUGCCGGUGCUGCAGCAGAUCCGGGAAUUGCUGAGCAUUGGGAGAGACCCCCGGGACAGCCGGGAGGAGUUCCUGGACGUUUACGCCUUCGGGCUGGGCGAGGACGCUCACGCCGAGACGCUGAACGCGCUGGCGUCGCACAAGGCGGGGGAGCAGCACCUCUUCUUCCUCAGGGACACCGAGGACCUGCAGGAGGUGUUCCACCGCAUGAUCGACGAGAGCUCCACGCUGGGGCUGUGCGGGGUCAGCCUCGAGUUCGCCCGUGCCGGGGACAGAGAGAGAAACCCCUGGGAGGUGACGGUGACAGUGACGUUCAGCCCCGGCUCUCGGCGUCACCGGGGGGUCCCCGAGUUCUACGACUUCGCCGUGGCCCUGCUGGAGCUGGAGCGCCCCGAGCUGCUCCCCUCCGUGGGGCUCUCGGCCUCCUCCUCCCCCUCCCUGCUGCGCCCCCCCGGCCCCCCCGGCGAGGGGCUGAGGGGAGGGGGCUGCAGUGUCCCCUUCUGGCCAGGGGGUGAGGACGAGCCCACCCUGGAGCAGCUCCGGACCCCCCAGCCCGGGGAGGAAGAGGAAGAGGAGGAGGACCUGGAUUUUGAGACAGAGCUGCUGACGACCCCCCCCGGGAUGAAACGGGGGGUGCAGUUCCAGCCCCGAGCCUCGGGGGGGUCUCUGUCCCUGUCGGGGCUCCUGGAGACCCUCGAGCCCCUGGAGCUGGGGGGGGGUCCCGGCCCAGCCCGGGGGUCUCCCCCACCCCCCCCGGGAGGAAUUGGGGAGGGGUCUGCGCCCCCCCCGACCCCCCCGCGGCGCUCGGACAGCCUGGAGGAGCUGCUGGGGCAGUGGCCGUUGAAGCCGGAUCCGUUCCAGCAGCGCGCGGCUGUGCCUGGAGCGCCGUCACUGCUGCCGGUGGCCGCUCACACCUCGGCCGGCAAAACCGCGCUGGCCGAGUACGCCAUGGGGCUGGCCCGGCGCCACAUGACACGGUCCAUCUACACCUCCCCCAUCAAGGCUUUGUCCAAGCAGAAGUGGGAUUUCCGCGACACCUUCGGGGACGUGGGGCUGCUGACGGGGGACGUGCGGCUGCGCCCCGAGGCCGCGUGGCUGGUGAUGAGCACCGAGAUCCUCAGGUCGAUGCUGUACAACGGCUCCGACGCCAUCCGGGACCUGGAGUGGGUGAUCUUCGACGAGGUUCACUGCGUCAACGACGAUGAGAGGGGUGUGGUGUGGGAGAGGUGCUGAUCCUGCUGCCCCGAGCACGUGAAGCUGGUGCUGCUCAGCGCCACCGUCCCCAACGCCCUCGAGUUCGCCCAGUGGGUCGGUCGCACCAAGCGUCGCUGUGUCCGUGUUCUGAGCACCCCGCGCCGCCCGGUGCCGCUGGAGCAUUUCCUGUUCACCGGGAACAGCGCCCGGAACCAGCACCAGCUGUUCCAGCUGCUGGGCCCAGGGGGGGCCUUCAGCACCCAGGGGUACUACGCGGUGGUGGAGGCCAAGAAGGAGCAGAGCAGCAAACACGCGCAGAGCUUCGGGGCACGGCAGCCCACCAUGGGAGCCCCCAACCCUGGGCAGGAGCGUGGUGUCUGGCUGUUCCUCCUGCAGACCCUCCGUGAGCGGGAGCUGCUCCCGGCCGUCACCUUCACCUUCUCCCGUGGCCGCUGCGAGGAGCAGGCGGCCGCCCUGGGCUCCCUGGAGCUGCUGAGCGGCGCCGAGCGCGCCCAGGUCCGGCACUUCCUGACGCGCUGCCUGGCCCGGCUGCGCGGCUCCGACCGGCGCCUGCCACAGGUGCUGCAGCUGUCGGAGCUGCUGCAGCGCGGCAUCGGCGUCCACCACGGCGGGGUCCUGCCGCUGCUCAAGGAGGUGGUGGAGAUGCUCUUCAGCCAGGGGCUGGUGAAGGUGCUGUUUGCCACCGAGACCUUCGCCAUGGGGGUGAACAUGCCGGCGAGGACCGUCGUCUUCGAUUCCAUCCACAAACACGACGGGAAUGGCUUCCGGGAUCUCCUGCCCAGCGAGUACACGCAGAUGUCGGGGCGCGCCGGCCGCCGCGGGCUGGACGCCACCGGCACCGUCAUCAUCCUCUGCAAGGGAGCCGUGCCCGAGCUGUCGGAUCUGCACCACAUGAUGCUGGGCCGUCCGUCCCCGCUGCAGUCGUGGUUCCGCCUGACGUACCCCAUGAUUCUGCUGCUGCUCCGCGCCCCCGCCCUGCGCCCCCACGACCUCAUGCGCCGCAGCUUCGCCGAGUUCCCGCUGCGCCGCGACGCCACGGCCCAGACUCGCCGCGUGGCCGCCCUGCAGGAGGCUCUGGCUGCUCUGGGUGACCCCGAGGGGACAGAUGGGGACAGUGGGGACAUGGCAGACCUGCCGCAGUAUCACCGCGCCGUGCAGGGGCUGCGCCGCGCCCGCGCCGUGCUGCAGGGCGGAAGUGACGUCACGCCCCUCUCAAUAUGGCUGCCGAGUCGCGGCUGGCUUUGA